AAAAAAAAAAAAUAAUAAAUAAAUAAAAAAAAAAAAAAAAAAAAAAUAUAUAUAUGUUUUAUGUCAAGUUUGCAUUAUAAUUACAGAUGGCUCGUAUAAUUUUGUUUAUGAUAUUGGGUGGACUGGUUUGGAGUACCGAAGCAUUAAUAGGGUACGACUGUGCGUCACGAAUAACCAACUCUACCUUAAUCUCUUCAUUAGAUGUCGAAGACUGCCUCCCUUCACAACAACCUAUCGAACGUAAAAACACCAGAGGAACACUUAUACAAAGAAAUCCGUUUAUAAGUGUACCAGUAAGACACUGCAAAGUGGCCAUUUCUAGACACAUAUACCAUUGUGGCAUGGUGACGGACUACGUUAGUGUAGUAGAAGGAGGCAUAGCAGAGUAUAUCCACGAGGUUGGAUUUGAUAACUGCAGAAACGCACAUCAACAAGGUUUCUUAUACGUAAGUCAUAUGAUGGUAACUGGCUUACGAGUUAACCACACUGUACCGAAACAAAUAACGUUAGCUGGUACAUUAAACAAAGAAGGCGAUUGUUCAGGUGCAAGUUACUCGGAUGUUUUCGGGCAAUACGAUAACGUAGUAGUAACAGCAUCAGUACAAAUAACGUUAGUCGCAUCAGAAGCCAAAGUAGAAAUUAAACAAGAUAAAAUAUUCUUUAAUUCUGGUACUACAUGCAAAUAUACGGAAGGAGCUUGUAUGGACUCUUUCGGAGGAAAUACGUAUUGGGAUGUAAUUCCAGCACACGAUGCGUGCGAAAAAGAAUAUUCAAUCCUAUACAAAGGAGAUUUAAAUUUGGUGCAAUCUGGACUUGACAGAUAUAUUUCUGUCGUUUCCGGAUCUACCACAUUCUCAUUAAAACUGACGCAUCAAUUGUCUGAAUUUACGAUUUGCAAACAUUCUACUUGGCCAACAGAACAUCCAAGGUUAUUCGUAAUACCAAACGAAAUAGAUAAUGUUCUACCAAAAUCAUCUAAGAUAGAACCUGACCUACUUACUUAUGUAGACAGUAAGUUUGUGUUUGUAGAGAGACACAUCCGAACUCAACUCGAAACUUUACACAUCGAUUUCGAGAUAAAUAAAUGUCUAUUACAAAAACAAAUAUUAGGCAAUCAAAUAUCUAUAGCAGCGUCAUCUCCAGACGAGUUCGCUUAUCGAUACAUGGGUCAACCAGGUUACAUGGCCAUCAAUGCGGGAGAAGUAAUACAUUUGGUGAAAUGUGCACCAAUACCCGCAAAAUUAAGACAUACUGAGCAAUGUUAUAAUAUGCUUCCUGUGACUGUUAACAGAAUUCCAUUAUUUAUAACUCCUCGUACUCACAUUAUCACUCAUGAUGCAGCAGUAAUACCAUGUAACGUACCUUUACCACAGAUGUUCUACAUAGAGAACGCAUGGUAUAAAUUCACGCCUAAACCUACAAAUACGAUUGAACCAGUAAAAUUAAAUCCAAAUAGAAAAAGUACUUGGGUAUAUGCUAAUAUUGGAGAUUUAGCAAAUUCAGGUAUAUAUAGUAAGGAUGAUAUGGAGAGGAUGAGAGAACGUAUAAUGUUCCCAGUCGAACAGACGUCUAUCCUUAAUACAUUUGCUGCAAGGGCUUCAAGUUCAAAUAUCGUCGCAGACAGCAGAUCAUUCAUGAAGGUGUUUGGUGAGACAGAUCUUCAAGAAAUGGCAGGAAGAUUCUGGGACAACAGAUGGAGAGAAUUCAUGGUUUUUAGUAAUAUCAGUGCAGGAAUAUUAGGGUUACUCGCAGUAUUCCAAGUAGUGAAAAUGAUAGCUGACACAUUCUUGCAUUGUUUUGCAUUACAUCAAGUGUACGGAUUCUCCAUCCAUUUGUUCGCAGCAUUGUGGGAUAGUUUAGCAUCAUUAUUCCUGCAUCAAAGAAAAGAAGAAACGAAAAGGUCAGUUAAGGAUCUCAAAGAAAAAACGAACGAAGAGUUGGCUGAACAAACAGUCCCUGAAGGUUCAGUACAGCAUGAGACUUACACAUCAUUCAAUCAUCUCUCCGAACAGAGACUUUAUCCAACCAUGAAUAACGUCUCAGUCAUAUACGAUAAACCAACCGCCCCGAGUACUUCAAGAACAACAUACCUCGACUAACCAACAAAUUUUUCAUCACCAUUUUUACUAUCUUUUAAUUUUUUUUUUUUGUCUUUCUAUAUAUUAGAGUUAAGUAAUAUCUAACCAUUUAGUAUAUAUAUAUUUUACAGAAUGAGCAUUAAUUUCAAACUAGCGAAUGUGUGUCAACACUCCUCUGGACCUUGUAAGAAGGAAAAAUUAUUGUCAAUUAUCAGUAAUGCAGGAGCCAAUAAAUUCAAGGAAUGUUUUAGAGAAAGAGAGAGUUAUAUUUGUAUGAAGGGGCUCGUCAAGAGAAUAUUUACAACUGAACUUGACAAUGAGGACAAGUUGUUUUGCCUUGAGUGUUAUCUCAGUGAAAGAAAUUUUACUGGCACAGGAAAUUUUGGUGCAAUUGUAAAUUUACAUUGGUUAACCAAAGAUUCUCACACUGUGAAGGAUACUUGCUUCAACUGUGAAAUUACUUUAUUAACUCAAGAACCAGCUGCAAAUUGUGAUUUUUGUAUGAGAGAAUCUAUACUACAUGAAGACUGGCUUGAUAUGUUUGGAAUAGUGAACGUAAGAACUACCAAUUUCAAUCCAAUUAUAAUGCCAGAGUCUGGUGAGGAUAUUUACGUAGAGAUGAAUAGCCUACCUCUCCCAGAUUUUCCAAAGUUAGAACAAAUAUCUAAGGAUAUCAGUAAACUAAGCGAAUUGUCAGAAGAACUGUCAAAAAGAAAGAAGCCUCAGGCUACAUAUACAAUGAUGAGUUACGAUAAUGUCGUAAGACAACACACAGUCAUGUGUAAAAUAGACGACAUGACGUUUAAAGGAAAGGGGACGACACACAUACAAGCUAAGGCCGAAGCCGCGUCAAAAGCCAUUAAGGCAAUCGCACAGAGAAAAAAAUUCUUUUUAAAAUAAAUCCCUUAUUAUUAUUAUCAUUCUUAAAAUCCAUAAUAGAUUUAAGUAUAGUUUAAUUCAAAUCAUUCUUAAUAAAUUUUAUAUAACUCUAUUGAUAUACAUAUGUUAAUUUGUCUACAGCGACCAAAGAAAAUAAUAAGUAAAAUGGCGCAAUCAAAAUGGGACGCACUCACACAAUUAUUUAGUCCAAAUAACGUAGCAGUAGAAAGAACUUUUAUAAGUAUAACGAAUGACGAAAGACUCUGCCACAUACUGUUGGGAGCUAUAAUCGGAGUUGGAGUGGGCUAUAACAAUGAAGAGGCAUUCAACCGUGCUUACGAAGACUUGCUUGAUACUCUCGUGUGCCCAAAAGAUCAUGUUAUUACUAAGACUUUAACUAUGAUUAGGAGAGGCCGCCAAGACAACGCAAAUCCAACCGAGGUAUUAUAUAAUAUCGGUCAAUUAGCUAGUUUCCAAGUAAGCUAUGAUGAUGCCGCCGGUUUCAAAAGCAGAGGAGACAACCGUGAUAUGUUUGCCAUCACUCUAUAUUUGAAGGGACAACCCUUUGUGGGGGUCGGCUUCACGAAACGAGAAGCAAAGGCAGACGCAGCCAAAAUAGCAAUUGCGUUUAUGGAAACACAUUGGAAUGGGAUACCGUUUCCAGGAGGCGCAAUAGACACGGAAGGAGUGCCAGAUUCGUAAAGGAAAAAUUUUUUGGACUCCGUUAGAACAUGUUUGUGGAAGAGGCUCUUGAAGCAGCGUUUCAGAGGGAGGAUUCUAACGCUCGAGAGGUUGCAGAAGGAGUACGAGGAGCAACCAAUGGAAGUCAUCAUCGUCCCCAUUUCUAUUCCCAGAGAUGAAGAGGAUACAGGAUACGAUGCUGACGAUGAGGUAGCAAGCGAAGACGAGGAGGAAAUUCAACCCGAUGAGAAGCAUCCUUCAAUGGACAUACCUUUUAUUGACUUGGUCAGCGAUAAUGAUGAUGAUUAAUUAGAGACACGCGUGAUCAAGAAUAUGAAGAUGAUGAUGAUGCUGAUGAUGAUGCAGACACCGUCAUUUUGGAACGAAAGGAGCUGGUUCGGAGGGUCGAGGAUGCAGAUUUCUACAAUUGCUCCUAUACGCCGAGUGAGAGGUCCAGAAGGGGACGAAUUUGUCGUGACCCAAUGUAGUCACAAGAUUAUUUGUUUUAUUAAAUAAUGAAUAAAUAAAUAUAUAAAUAAUUUC